CCUAUAGAUCGUGAAAGUAGUUCGUGAAAAAACUGGUAGGUGUUCUGUGACAGAGGCUCGUAACGCGCUGGUAGCGCUGGUAAUUUGGUAGGUGUUCUGUGCUGCUAUCGCAUCGACAGCGACAACACAGGGCGACAACCGGCAAGUUUAUUUUGCGUGGUUUCGUAUAAGCGGUGGUCGCGCAUCGUACCCUAACAUAUAGGUGCAUAGGUGAUAUAUAGGUGAUAUAUACGUCUUUCCCGGCACUCCGUAACUCGUUGUUUUGCUUCCAGAAGGCCCUGCUUCUGUGGCCCUGCCUCGAGCGUGGCUCUACGAUGAGGAGGAACAAAGAGGAUGGCAAAUCUGAUGCUGGUGUUGUUCCAGAGCAUGUCAUGCAGCUGUGCAAGAGUGUCUCAGACAAACAGUUGGUCUCAAAGUUAAAAAAGAAGGGCAAGCAUCACAGCAUCGAUAUGGUCACUGUCAUUAAUCAAGCUGCUUCAGAGUUGAGUCUGCCAGGUUUUCCUAGAACGGACACACAUGAGAUCUUGUUUCACGUGGUUCCAUUCCUUAUGUUGUCGCAGCAAGCCAACCAAACCAGUCCCUUGGAUGCAGCAAAGUCACUGCACGAGCAAUUCGAGGAACAAAAUUCACUCCAAUCGUGUAGCGAGCAAAACAAUGAUGAUAUCAAAAGCGCUGCAUCAAAUACUGGUGUACCUGUGCAUCAAAAAAGUUCUUGCCAAAACUACUCUAGUUGGUAUACUGUGCAUCAAAAAAGUUCUUGCCAAAACUACUCUAGUUGGUCUGACCAUGAUGAAGUUUCGCCAUCCCUGUUAAAGCCUGAGCUAAGUCAAAGUAUGCAAUUGUUGCCACCUUGGCCGAAAGAGUCAUGUGAGGGAACACAUAGCAAGCGCCUAGGUGUUGGAAUUGAAAAUCCGGUGCAGGAGAAAUUAGCGGACCAGCCAAAAAAUAAGCACUUGCCAUCGGCCGCUACAAAUCCUGAUAAGAGUUCGCAAAAGCGACGCCGUGUGUCUGACACUAGAAGUGUGCAUUUGCAGCAUUCUCCGCAAGGCACUGAAAGGCGCAUUGUCCAUUCGGUCAGCCCUGUCAUGUUGCAUCCUCCAAAGAGGAAAAGGAUGCGGUUUACAGCACUGCAAGAAGAAGCACUCGUAUAUGGAGUUAUGAAGUAUGGCAGAGGAAGCUGGAAGAAAAUCAGUGAACACAGCUGGUUCGAUGGGCGCCGUUCAUCAGAGCUCAGUGAUAAGUACAGAAACUUGGAAAAGUAUGGCCAUCUUCCAAAAGUCAAGCGACGUGUGCGAGAUAUGCUUAGUGCUGGUGUGAAUCCUCUGAAGGAACUGCGUGCGGUGGUUGAUCAGCAGCGGCUGCGGCGAGCAACCUCACCAGUGGCAGACGAGCUGCUGCAUGGCAAGCAGAGUUCUAUGAGCCAGCCGAAGGAGUUACGAGGAACUUUGCCACUAUGCGGCCCUCCCGAUGAGGACAGCUCAACUACAUCAUCUGAUGAUGCCUUUGCAGAGCUAUCACAAAAGCAAGCCAGAACUGGAGGAGCAGUCGCCUUGCCAAAGACAGUGUGCAGCAGCCCUUGCAGGCAGUCUACAUCGCACGCACAUUCAUCUCCACAAAGCAGACCCAAUUCAAGUUCCAAGACGGAUGUGUCGCAGGAAGUUGUCCCAGUGAAGUAUAAAAAGAAGCAGCGAAGAGUACCCUUCACGUCACUGGAAGAGCAGGCACUCGUGGCUGGAGUUAUGAAGUUUGGUAAAGGGAACUGGUUGCGCAUAGCGACAGAAGGUGGCUUCCUCGGGAGGACAAGCACUCAGUUAAGUGACAAGUAUCGCAACUUGACGCUGUAUCACCAAUUCGAUGAAAUUAAGAGGAUCGUGAAAUCUAAGCGUGAGAGGGGUGAGGACCCCUUGGAAAAGCUCCGAAGGUUAUCAGCUGCUCACUAGAAGCGGUGACAGAAGGCAAAAUAAGCAUUUGUAGAUGUUAAUUUUUUUACUUUACAGCCACCUUUUCAAAAUAAUUUUUUUAAAAGUUUUGAGACAAGACUUUUAGUCAAAGAAAUUUAAACUGUAUUUUCAUAUUUUUGUGUUUGUGUUGAAGAAUAUGGCAAUGUACAGCCACCUUUUUAAAUUAAAUGCUUUUAAAAUUUUUUGAGACAAUCGAGAGUUUUAAUUAGGGCAAUUUAAACUGUGACUUUAGGUUUUUUUGUGUUUUGUAUUUACGUUGAAAAAUAUGGCAACGUAGUCGUAUCAUUAUAGCAUCAGACGCUCUACUUCAAAGGGCCCUAAACUAGCCAGAGUUUGAAACUUAGUUGU